ACUGGGGUUAACAGCUAACACCCCUAGUCCUACAACCAGAGCCAGGAUCUUUUAAUGACCGAGUAAUCAGGGCCUCAGUUUAAUAUUGGAAACUGCAGCCGUAGCCUAGCCCCGAAAACGGCUGUGUCUCCCUGAGACUUUGGCCCGUUGCUGGCCGGAGAGGAAGAAGGCUGAGCUGCUGUUCACAGGGGAAGCUCUGUGGUAGAUGUGGAAAAUAUCGCAGUAGGUUUUCACGCCCUUAUCUCUGUCAGAAUGACUUCUCAGAAAGGCUCGUGAUGCUCCCUGCUCUUGGGGAGAUGGUGCAUCCUUGUAGCUAGAGCUUUGCCUCCAGAUGCUCAUUGCGAGAGGCUUGUCAGUCACGUAGACAGAUUGUCAUGAGCCCCACUUGCUUGCCGAGACCCUGUUUUUCACACCGUCUUUAACUUUUUGAAAAGCCGGACAGAGUUGGUCACUAGCGUGACGCGUGUACCAGUUUGCUGGUUAAUGUUUUCAUUUAUUAAAGCUACCGUGUCAUUUUUAUUUUUUACUCUUCAAUUAACGUCAAUAUCAUGUUCACUGUUAAAUUUUGCAAGCAAUGAACCAUGAAAACAGAUGGUAAUUUAGCCAAUUUUUGGUGCACUUAAUUAACAGUGAACAUUUCUGGAAUGAAGGUCUGAGACCCUGGGUCACCAGCACCUGUACUGAGACUCCCUGCUUCCCAGCCUCUCCCCGGCGGCGCUGUCCCAGGACAGCAGUCAGUGAUCCUCGCUCGUGGUCCAGAAGAGCCACAGUCCUGCAGGGUUACAGGCGACUCUUAACUCCUGGAUGACUAAAAUAGUCAUCGAGUCCAGGUCAGUUCAUAAUUGAGUCCGCUGCUCCCCUCGGAGCUCAGGGCAGAUGAACAGCGGACGGCUCCGGCUCUCUCGGACCAGGAGAGAGGAGGACUGCUGUAAAUCCAGCAGGGGUGUCGUGCAGAGUGAGACGGUGGGAGGCCUCACCCCCAGAAGCACUCCCUUGCAGUGAUGCUGCAGUGCGCACCUCCGCUGGGUUUACCUCCAUCCCUGGCCUGGUUCUAGACCUGUCGGCAGGCGAGUCUUGACGGUGUGGGAGACAGGGCUGUCGAGCUCUGGGCCUCUAGGGGUGCUGCUCAGCAGGGGCCUAUAGGUUUCUUUACAUCUCCUUCUUCCUAAGAACAAGGACAGACUUCAGCUUGUCCAGAGGGACUUCAUUCAUAUAAUAAAAGAGGGCUCUGGCGAUAGGAGAAUCUGCAGCCUUCUGGCGCUCUGCAGGAGACGCCUUCCUGCCUCCCUGCAGGCUGUGGAGACGUUCAGGAGGGGGUGAAGAAGAAGACACUGCGCUCCGAAGCAUUGCUCAAGAAGCCCUGCCUGUUGAAACUUGAGUGCUGUUGAUGGAGAGAUACUCUUGUGCGGCUCUUGCAACACUAACAGUGGUCUGUUAUCGAUGCAGAAGUCAAGUCAGUUUUUAGGUGCCACUGGCUGUUUAUUGACCUUGCGUUAUUUAUCCCGUUCGUUCACUGAAAACACAUUCUCGUUGACAGUGAUGAUCUGGAGACUCGUCUAUGCAGCAGGACUUCACUGGAGCUGGGCAGCAUAGCUCCUGUUCUGUAUGGCCAUGAUUUUCUGGUUGUCCUGAGCCCUUAAUUACCCAGCCAAACUCAUCAUUUGCUUAAUUAGCCUUUCUUUCUUCUUGCUAAACUGUGGAUUUUAAGAUCCACAAGAUUCCUUGAGGGGCCAAUGCUGGGCUUCACAAUCUGAGUUAACUACGUUAGGGCUCAGUACUCGAUGUAGGAUUUGAACCCACAACCCCUGGGUUCGGAGCCCAGAGCCCUACCCACUAUCCCACCCUACUGCCCAGGCAGGUGCCCCACUCAGAGCUAACACAGAGCCACUAAGAUCAUGUGUUUCCUCCUGAACCUGCCUGUAGAAAACUCAGCUCUUGUUCAGGAGGAAGCAAACUAAGAAUAAAACAAAAAGCCCUGGUUCAGUUUUACCGCUGCAGAAUUUGGAAUCGAAACUUCUAUUCUAUUUAAAGACAGUAACAGAGAAGCAGUAAACUUAUUAUUGUGGUUCUUAUUAAUGGAUUUGGCAGGUGACUUUAUCUGAAGUGCUUUGACCUAAAACAAAAAGGAUACAGUUUACAUUGGGACGCCUUUUAACAACACAGAAGUCAGAACGGUACAGAAAUGCCUGCGAAAGAAUAUGACGUACCCCAGAAUGAUUUUUUUCCCCCCAACGCUAGCAGGUAAAGUGCUAGGAGACACUCUACGUAGUCAUUGCAUGUAAAAAAAAAAGAAAGAAUGUUUUGUGCAUAAAAAAUAAAUUCCAGCACACUGACCAGUACGUUUCUCACUUACAGUACACCCCAGUUAAAUAAUCAGUUACAAAUGACAGCACACGUGUUGAUGCAUGUCCUGUACAAUAUAAUUAUGGGGGCAGCAGUGGGAUUAGUGGCAUUUGCCCCAUGUGAAAAAGUCAAGAUGUUUCUAAACGUAUGCGAGUAUGGGUAAAACAGAUAUAUGUGUGUGGCGCUGUUAGUUUUAUCAUGACGAAUGCUAGGCUGAGCAGGUGGGGUUUCUCGGUGUGGGCAGUCGAGCUCCAGCCCCGCUGGGUGUUGCAGUUCGUGACCGUCAGUGAGAAGGCGCUUGCAACAGGCUCUGUCCUCACUUCCUCGCCCUGCUGUCUGCUCGGCGAGCCUCUCUCUCUCUGCCUGCUGCUGUGCGUCUGUCUGUCGGCCUGUGACCCCCACAUCUCUCUCUCUGACACGGCUGCGUCUCCUCAUCAGGAAGGACCAUGCGGUGCGGAGUCCUGGCUCUGCUGCCGGGCCCGGGGCCGGCGGCGCUCGGGGGCGGCUCCGCCCUCCUCCUCCUCCUCGUCCUGCUGCCGGACGCCGGGGUCCGGGGCGACUCGGGGGCGCCCCGCGACGAACCGGCCGCCGCCUCCCCAGCCCUCGUCCCCCGCCGCCCCUUCGUGGUGGUGUGGAACAUGCCCACGGCGCGGUGCCAGAGGCGGUACGGCGUGACCCUUGACCUGGACGCGUUCGACAUCGUGGAGAACCGCCGGGGCAGGUUCCUGGGCCAGAACAUGACCAUCUUCUACCGCAGCCGGCUGGGGCUGUACCCCUACAUCAGCGCCGGGGGGCGCGCCGUCAACGGCGGCGUCCCGCAGCAGGCCCCCCUGGGGCGGCACCUGGGCAAGGCGGGGGCCCAGAUGAGGGCCGCCCUGAACCCCGACUUCCGCGGGCUGGCCGUGAUCGACUGGGAGGAGUGGCGCCCCCUGUGGGCGCGCAACUGGGGGCGCAAGCAGAAGUACCGCCAGGCGUCGGAGCAGCUGGUGAGGGCGCGGCGCCCCGAGCUGCCCGAGGGGAAGGUGGCGCCCCUGGCCCGGCGGGAGUUUGAGGCGGGCGCCCGAGAGCUCAUGUCCCGCACCCUCGAUCUGGGGGUUCAGCUGCGGCCCGGGGGCCUCUGGGGCUUCUACGGGUUCCCCGACUGCUACAACUACUACAAGGGUGGCGCCGGCUACUCCGGGCGGUGCCACCCCGGGGCGCCGGGCCUGAACGACCGGCUGGACUGGCUGUGGCGCCGCUCCACCGCCCUCUACCCCAGCGUCUACCUGACGCGCCGGCUGGGCGCCUCCGGGGCCACCGCCCUCUUCGUCCGCCACCGGCUGCUGGAGGCCAUGAGGGUGGCGUCCAAGUCCGGCUCCGCCCGCGGGGCGCGGCCCGUGCUGCCCUACGCCAGGGUGGCGUACGCGCACACGCUCCACUAUCUCAGCCAGAGCGAGCUGGAGCAGACGCUGGGAGAGAGUGCGGCGCUGGGGGCGGCCGGCGUGGUGCUGUGGGGAGAUCUGAGCUUCGCUGGCUCCAAGGUCAGAUGCCGCCUUACGUUCAUCUUCAUCGCCGCCCGGUGCAGCGAGCUGGAGUGCAGCGGGAACGGGCGCUGCGCCCGCCGGGACCCCCACAGCGGUGCCACGCUGCCCUCCGCCAGCCUGGGGUCGCCGGGAGAGGUCGCGCCCCCAGGCCUGCGGGACUCCGCCUUCAGCUGUGUGUGCUACCAGGGCUGGGCGGGACCCCAGUGUCAGGACAGGCUGCCCAGCGCAGGGGGUGAAAGCACAGCCGCCUCCUAGCCCGGGAGACUGCUGAACAUCAACGACUGGCGCCAUUAUUUAAAGUCUCCGAGUCGGGUUCGAGCGCAGGCACCGCCUCUCUUUAGACCGUGACUUAUUGGCUCCUCCAUCCAUCCAUCCAUCCAGUUUCUCACCGCCUCGUCCACUUCAGGGUCACGGGGAGGGGGAGCCAUAAGCUUACUGGUUAUAAUUCAAACCAGUGAAGGUCUCUGAGAAACGUUUCUUCUGUCAAAACGGAUCUGUUGGCAUUGCUCAUUGCUCAAAGCAGAAGAGGGGCGGGGUUUUGUUUUCUUAUCUGUUUAUAAACUUAGACAACCAACAGAUGACCACUGUUUAGCAAUUUGGUGCUGUUGCAGACAUACUUGCAAAAUAAAAUAAAAAAGGUCUACAGCUUA